AGAUGUGAUGAAUGUGAUGCCUGGCUACACUAUGAGUGCCUGUCGAACCAUGCAAAGAUCGAUGUUGAUCUUAGUAUUUUGACAAAGUCCAAAUGGCUCUUUCUGAGAUGUAGGGAGGAGUAAUUUUCCUACACACAAAAGAAGAGUAGGAAACAUUACUUGAGGUUCUAUACUUACAAUCUGAGUACUCGUGAAUGGUCAACACAGAAUUAGAAAGGAUGAGUACAGCUCUUCAUAAAAUGAGAGCAAGAGUUUUGUUGGACAAUUUAUUCUCCUUGCGUCCUUCAAGAUGGAAAUCAUCGCAAGUUAUGAAAGAAGCCCUCAGAGAUACCUUAGAUGAUGAAGCUACUCUUUAUGUACACUGGCCGUAUUGUGCCAGGAGAUGUACAUAUUGUAACUUCAACAAAUACAUAAGUAAAUCAGUUGAACAUACAAGAAUGGCAGACUGCCUGGCUAAGGAGACAAGUACCUUGUUACAGUUGAGCGGUGUAUCCAGGGUUAAAUCUAUUUUCUUUGGUGGAGGUACUCCUAGUCUCGCUCUGCCUAGUACAGUGGGAAAGGUUAUUGACACAGUCGCAGAUCAUGUGACUUUCACAGAGGGGUCAGAGGUCACACUGGAAGCCAAUCCAACACAUUUAGCGAUAGGCAAGCUCAAAGAUUUUCAGCAUGUUGGUGUGAACAGACUAUCUGUUGGUGUUCAGGCAUUGAAUACUGAAGAUUUAAAGUUAUUAGGGAGAGACCAUUCGGUCACAGAAGCUUUGAGAUGUGUGGAAGCGGCUAAAUGUGUAUUCCCUGAACAUGUGUCGGUUGAUCUUAUGUUCGGAAGGCCAGGGCAGUCAGUAGAGGCAUGGAGAAAAGAACUCCACCAGGUGAUAGACAUGGACGUAAACCAUGUCUCCCUGUAUCAGCUGACUGUAGAGCGAGGUACACAACUGUUCAAGUGGGUAGAUAGUGGACAUGUUACUGUACCAGAUAAUGACACAAUGGCAGAUAUGUAUAUAGCAGCUGUAGAGCUGCUAGAGGCACAUGGUUUGGAAAGGUAUGAAGUCUCGAACUUUGCUAAACAGGGAUCAGAAAGUAAACACAACCAAGCAUACUGGCAGGGCUCACAAUAUAUUGGUGUUGGACCAGGUGCUCAUGGACGUUUUAUACCCGUAACUAAGCAACAGGCCAAUAAUGGUCAGCAUGGUAGAGAAGCCAGGAUACAAACCCUGGAACCAGACAACUGGAUGUUUGAAGUAGAGAAGUUUGGGCAUGCGACUAGAAAAAUUAUUUCACAGUCAACAAAAGUCAGGCUUGAAGAGCUUCUUUGCUUAGGCCUAAGGACCAGAGAGGGUGUAACCAAUGUGAAUUGGUCAAAGGUAAUAGACAUAAGCUAUUUACAAAGUUUUGGAUCUUCCGAGAGAUGCCAACAAUUUGUUGAAGAGGGACUUCUGAGGUUUGAACAGAGUGGGGUUAGAGCAACGUCUAAGGGCCUGCUGAUACUGGAUACAAUAUUGCCACAUCUGCUGUAUGAACUAGGACAACUGUGUGAUAAUGAAGGUGUUACUUGAUUGUGAUGUGUUUCAGAAUGUUAAAGUUCUUAGGAAUAACACAAUGGUAUUCAUAGAAGCUAAACAUGCAGCAUAAAGUGCCGGAAAUUACUACACAUGUGAGAAUAACAUGCUAGUAGUAAACAGUAUUGUAAUAUUGAACUGUUGACCAGGAAUUUGUAAAAUUCUUGUUGCACAGUGUUUCCAUCACCAUCAACCAAGCAAGUUUUUCUUUUUGCUGAUUUUACAAUAUAACUUGACAGUAAUCAAAACGAAAAAUAAUAGAACAGGACAAUUUAGGACAUAGUCAGAUGUGCUUGCGUUAUGGAUAAAGAUGGCAUAGUGUUAUUAUGAACUAAAUGAGUAUUGCUGUCUAAACUAUGCCAUUGAAUGUUUAUUAGAUAGACACAAAAAAUGAACCUGGACAUUUAAGGUCAAGUCACAUGUUAAACAUAUCAUGGGACUGAAAUUGACAAAACAUGUUUGUUGUCAGGGACUGUUUUUAAACGUUCUGUGCUUAUAGUGAAACAGAAAGGAAACUUAAUACGUUGGUAGCUCACAUGUCACGAAGUGACAAGGUGAGCUAUUGUGACCGCGUGAUGUCUGUCGUCUGUCGUCCGUCAACAAUUUCUAAAAAAAUCUUCUUCUUGAAAACCACUGGGCAGAGUUACACCAAACUUCGCAGGAAUGAUCCUUGGGUGGCCCCCUUUCAAAAUUGUUCAAAGAAUUGAAUUCCAUGCAGAACUCGGAAAGGAAAAACUGUAAAAAUCUUCUUGUCCAAAACCACAGGGCCUAGGGCUUUGAUGUCUGGUGUGUAGCAUCAUCUAGUGGUCCUCUACCAAGAUUAUUCAAAUUAUACCCCUAGGGUCAAAUAUUGCCCCGCCCCGGGGGUCACAUGGUUUAUAUAGACUUAUAUAGGGAAAACUUUGAAAAUCUUCUUGUACAAAACCACAUGGCCUAGGGCUUUGAUAUUUGGUAUGUAGCAUCAUCUAGUGAUCCUCUACCAAGAUUAUUCAAAUUACCCCCCUAGGUUCAAAUAUGGCCCCGCCCCAAAGGUCCCAAGUUUUACAUAGAUUUAUAUAGGAAAAAAAGUUUAAAAAUCUUCUUGUCUGAAACCACAACACUUAGACCUUUGAUAUUUGGUUUGUAUCAUUGUCUUAUGGUCCUCAACCAAAAUUGUUCAAAUUGUACCCCUUGGGUGAAAAGAGGUCCUGCCCUGGGGGUCCCAAGUUU